UCUGGUUGUUAGCAUAUAUACGCUGCAUACAUACAAAGCAAGUGAAAGGAAGUUGUUAGGCUGCGAGAGGUCGAACGUCUCACAAGUAUUUAGUUUCAGUUCUGUGUCUAUCGCCGAACGCAUUCCGUGUAUCCUAAAGUAAUUAAAUCGAAUCAUGGUACUGAAACUUUACUACUUGGAAGAUGGUCCUCCGUCACUCUCCUGCCGACAAGUCCUGGAGGCCUUACCGCCUAUUGACUUCGAGCUGGUUAACGUCAGCUUUUAUCAUGGAGAGCAUAUGACUGAGGAGUUCGGGAAGAUGAACCCUCAAAAAGAGAUCCCAGUGCUUGAAGACGAUGGAUUCUUCUUGAGCGAAAGCGUGGCCAUCAUGCAGUAUAUUUGUGACAAAUACAAACCAGGAAAUCGUUUGUACCCUACAGAUCCUAAAGCAAGGGCUAUUGUGAACCACCGGCUGUUGUUCAACUUGACCACAUACUACCAUGAUUUAGUUACCUACACGAUCAUGCCCAUCUACUUCGCCUAUGAGCGCACCCCCGAUGGUCUGAAGCGCGUCCACCGGGCGCUGGACCUGUUCGACACAUACCUGCAGAGGCUCGGCACCAGCCACGCGGCCGCUGACCACCUCACCAUCGCUGACUUCCCUCUCGUCAACUCCACGAUGCUGCUCGAAGUUAUUGACUUCGACUUCUCCCAGUACAAACACGUUACCAAAUGGUACAACGAUUUCAAGAAGAAUCAUCCCGCCUCGUGGGCAGUCUCCGCAGAGGGCAUGAGGCUGAUGAAGAACUGUGCAGCCAACUUACCCGACUUGUCCCACCUUAACCACCCCCUUCAUCCCACUAGAUCUAUUAAGAAAUAAUUAUA